CAGAUCAUCAGAGGCCAUAAGCCAUGUUCAAAUCCCUCUCUCUCUCUUGCGUGCAUGGAAAUGUGUGUCCAGUACUUGCGCAGAAACGCUUCCUUUCUCCUCCGAUAAAUUUUCCACCCACCUCUCCGGAUCCAUCUCUCCGGCGACCAACCCAGCAAUCGACAUGCUUCGAUCGUUAGCCAGAGGGUUCAAGAAGUUGGUCAUCCAUGAUCAUGAUCCUUUGGCUAAGCAUGCAAGAUCUUAUUCCAUGCCCACUUUCAAAAGGUUACAAGGCAAAGUAGCCCUAAUAACUGGUGGAGCAAGUGGCCUUGGCAAGGCCACUGCCCAUGAAUUCAUCCAACAUGGAGCCCAAGUUGUAAUUGUGGAUAUUGAUUCUCACUUGGGCCAACAUGCUGCAAAUGAUCUAGGCUCUGCAGCCCACUUUGUCCAAUGUGAUGUGUCUAUAGAGGCCCAAGUGAAAGAGGCAGUAGAUUUUGCAGUGGCCCAUCUUGGUAAGCUAGAUAUAAUGUACAACAACGCUGGAAUAACAGGCCCGUCCGUUCCUCCGAGCAUUGUAGAUCUGGAUCUUGGAGAGUUCGACAGGGUAAUGCAGAUAAACGUUCGAGGCACAAUGGCUGGUAUAAAGCAUGCGGCUCGUGUAAUGAUACCGGCAGGCUCCGGGUCGAUUCUAUGUACAUCUAGCAUAUGUGGGGUAUUGGGUGGGCUUGGUCCACACUCAUAUGCAGUUUCAAAAUUUACAAUAUCUGGGAUAGUGAAGUCAAUAGCAAGUGAGCUAUGCAGAAAUGGAGUGAGAAUAAAUUGCAUUUCACCAGGCCCAAUUCCGACACCGCUAUCGGUGGGUCAAAUAGCCCAAUUCUAUCCUGGGGCUACAAGGGAGAAGAUAGUUGAGAUUGUUAAUGGGCUUGGAGAGCUAAAGGGAGCAUACUGUGAAGAAAUAGAUGUGGCAAAGGCAGCUUUGUAUUUGGCAUCAGAUGAAGCUAAGUACAUAACUGGACACAACCUUGUUGUUGAUGGAGGAUUCACUUGCUUUAAAAGCUUCAGCUUCCCAGUUCCUGAUGAAAUUGUGUAGUAUUUGUUAUUUUCUUAAUGUUUAGUUCAUUCUUGGUGUUUCUUGUAAACUGCUUUGGAUUACAAUU